AUGUCACAGUGUCACUGGGUUAUUCCAAUCAUUGAUGUACUAAAAUCAACUCUCGAAGAUUUAGAGGAUAAUGGUGUUGGCACUGUUAAGCAAGAAAUUCUAAAUUCACUUGAUGAGAGGUUUGGGGGUAUUGAAGACAGUCCCCUCCUUCUAGUAGCUACCCUCUUAGAUCCCAGGUACAAAGAUCAGCUCCAUUCAAGUAUGUCAGAAAGCAAAAGAUAAAGUUUUAAAUAUUCAAUAUGCCAAUGAGUCAUUAAAUCCAGAAAUAGAAUGUCAAGAGCCAGUUCAAAUACAGCAUGAACAAAAGAAGCCCACAAUCUGGGAAAGAAUGACAGAAAGAAUGAAGAAGCAUGGGCGUCCUGAUGUUAGAUAUGAUGAAAGUCAUGGAGAUAAUGAAACUGGCUGUAACAGUAGCACAGGGUCAAUGGAGGUUGACUUGAGUAUGUAUUGUGCAGAAGAAGUAAUUCUAUUAAGAGGAGAUGGCUCUGACCCCUUUCAAUAUUGGCAAAUUAAGAAAACAUCAUGGGCCAAACUGCCACUCAAAUUGCCACCAAAUACCCAGGCUCAGUGUAUUCUGAAAGGCUGUUUUCAAAUUCUGGUCUAA